AGGAGUGGGCGGGAAGCGUGACGUCAGUUGACCCAGGGUUCUGACUGCCACAGAGGUAGAGCUCGUGUAACGCCCCCUCGCUCCCAGACAACUGUCCCAACGGUUCUUGCAGCUCCUGUCACGCUGAAACGUGGACUGCUGUUGUUCCUACGUCUAUUUUCUAAGAAUCUUGGGGUGUUCUUCCGCAUGACCCCCUCUGGAAAUUCUGAACAUAAAAUCACCUUUCGUUCCAGACUUUGCCCACUCUUAAGGGUGGGAAGAAUCCUGAAAGCCCCGCCCUGUUCAGUGGAGCGGGCGGGGGCGUGACGUCAUCAGAGGGCGUCUGAGUGGGCUGGGACGGCAGUCAGAGAUGCUGGAGUCACUGUCGGCUUUUGGCGGGUUGGUUCUACUUCGGGAUUCCAUAGAAUGGGAGGGUCGUGACUUCUUGAAGGCGCUUAUCAAGAAAUCUGCACUAUGUGGAGAACAAAUUCACGUCCUGGGCUGUGAAGUCAGCGAGGAAGAGUUUCGAGAAGGUUUUGACUCCAAUAUUAACAGCCGAGUGGUGUACUAUGACCUCUUCAGAGACCCGCUCAAUUGGUCAAAAAAUGGAGAGGCUUUUCCUGGGGGACCCCUGGGAACCUUAAGAGCUAUGUGCAGGACGACAGAUCCCAGGCCUCUCACCAUUGUUCUUGAUUCACUCAGCUGGUUGUUGCUUCAUUUUCCCUGUAACACAGUCUGCCAGACCCUCCAUGCUCUGCACUAUCGGGAUUCCUUUUGUGGUGAAAGCUCUCCAGUAGAGCGGGUGAAUGUACUGGGCCUGCUGCAUGAAGAGCUCCAUGGCCCAACAGAGAUGAGAAAAUAUUUUUUAAUUCUUCUUUCUUCUCCCCAGACUCAGCAGUUUUCCAUCCUUCCUGACUUCAGCCUGGAUCUCCAAGGAUCUCCCCUACAGUCCCAGCCCCACCCAGAUCCUCACACUUUCAUGGUGGACCCCACAGCUCAUUUGACCUUCAAUCUUCGCUUGUCUGAGAAAGAAAGAGAAGCAAGAGAUAGCCUGACUCUGCCUUUCCAGUUUAGCUCUGAAAAACAACAAGCUCUGUUGCGCUCUGAGCCAGGCCAGGCUUCCAGCCGCAUCUUGUAUGAGCCAGAUGCUUAUGACGACCUGGACCCUGAAGACCCAGAUGAUGACUUGGAUAUCUGAGUCAAAUCUAACUGGACUGCAUUUGGGGGGAGUGGCACCCAGAACCAUCAUCCUGCUUUCAUUGGCCUUACCCUGUCCCCCACCCACUCCCUGCCAUUCA